UUUAUUUCAUUCUUUGGUUGCGGCUGGGGUAUUUUUUUGUGUGCUCAUUUUUGAGUGAGUCAGCAUCCACACUGCUUUGGGGAGAGAGGCGAGAGAGAGAGAGAGAGAGAGAGAGAGAAAACCAUGCUGGGCUUGGAUGUGUGUGAGUUUGGCAGUCAGCUCCUGGAACUUAUGUGGCUUUCAGCAUGUUACAAAGAUAUCAUGGCUGACAAGGAAUUAGAGACGCCUGGUCCAGAAGAGGUAGAACAUGAUUCCAACUAUGUUGCCCCAGCCAAGAAGUCGAUCAGUGAGAUUCUGGAGAUGGACGAUGAUGAUGAGAGUUUGAAAAAAUACAAACAGGCUCUGCUUGGCGCUCUACCAACAACGGAUGCUGAUGUGCCCAACGUUCAAGUAGUAAGACUGACCCUGGUCUGCAAGGAAGCACCUGAGAUCAUUACCAUGGACUUGACCGAGGACUUGGAAGCUCUGAAGAAGAAGUCCUUUGUGCUGAAGGAAGGCGUGGAAUACAAAAUUAAAAUACAUUUUAAAGUUAACAAGGAAAUCGUUUCGGGCUUAAAGUAUAUCCAGACUACAUCAAGGCAACUUUUUAAGGAUACGUCCAAAUACAUGGUUGGCAGCUACGGACCCAGAGUCGAAGAGUAUGAGUUUCUAACUCCCACCGAAGAGGCCCCCAAAGGCAUGAUGGUGAGGGGCACGUACAACAUCCACUCCCGCUUCUCAGACGAUGACCAACAUGAUCACCUGGUCUGGGGGUGGAAGCUUCAUAUAAAGAAGGAAUGGAAGGACUAGCUGGCUUUUAAUGUUAGAUAACAACCCGUAGUCAAAAGGACGGUACUGCAUUGUCCUUUUAGUACCAAAGUUAUUUUAAUGCUUUUUAUUAUUGUUACUAAUUGUUUACAUCCUUCAAAAUUGGCAGAAGUAACCAUUCAUUGCUGUUAGUUAGUGCAAGUGCUCUCUAAAUGUGUAAGAAGUGUAUGGUUUUAUUGGUAACAAUAUGGACAUCAGCAUCGCCAAAUUAUGGUUAACUGCAAAUGUGGAAUUGAGUUUUUAAAGCUUGUUCUAGAUGGGUAACUCAGGUACUCAACAACAAACGGUGAUUGUGUUAUGCGGCUUUGCAUCCAGUCAUAUUCCAAUAAGUUCAAGGAUGUAUCCUACGUUCUUUAAAGAUGACAAGUUUGGUUGUUGGAGUACCUCAAUGCUUUGCUAAGGCUUUUAUUUUCUCUUAACUGACCAGGGUCCAAAUGAACUUCUUUCUGAAAAGCUUAUCUUUUGCAGCAAGAGACAAAUCAAAGUUGUAGCCCACUCCAAAGUACCUUAACUAUUAGAUCAAUUGAUUGCAGUCGCUAAUCGGUUUGGUGCACACAAAGAAAGGAUCAACAGUUUUUUUUGGUUCACUGAUGUUCAUCUCAACCCUGACAAACUGGAAUUUGAUUGCAUUGUUGUAAUUUUUGUAAAACUAACAGUUUACCUUUGAGAGAAUAUAAUAUCUUCAUUUAACAGCUGUCUUUCUGUCGUUUAUAGGUUAGUGGUGAGGGCAGCGUGUUAAAACAGUUCAGCACUAAAUUGGUUAAAGAGCCUAAAAGGAGUGGGGCAGCUCACACAAUUUUCUCUAUCCAACUUUGACUAGAUUAAGUUCUAAUUGGGUGCUCCUGUUUAGUUGGAAUAAUAUUGUAAUUUACAAAUUGAACAUUCCUCAUGACCUGUCAUUUCAGAGCAUUCAAACCUACUGAGGAUUUGUGCAACAAGGUAGUCUUAUGAAAUGUCAUUUGUGCAAUUUUUACAUUGCAUGAUUAAAAACCUUGUUCUACUCAGUCUGUUACCGACGUCCUCUCUUCCUGUGUGGCUUUUAUGUUUAUCGUGGCUUUGUAUCUAAAAAGGAUAAUGUUUCAAAUAAAGAUUGGGCACAAAAAACAA